AUGUCUCCAAUUGCUGCAUCGCCUUCUAAAGGCUAUAAGUCAGAAUCUACAUUGGCUAGAUUGUUGGGCUCAGGAUCUGCCGGUAUUGCUGAGCUUGCUGUCUUUCAUCCUGUCGACACAAUCGCAAAGAGAUUGAUGAGCAAUCAGGGAUCGACCAAGGGCAAGUUGGCAGAAGUUAUCUUCAAGGACAAGGCAACAGCAUCUGUCGGCACCAAAUUCUUUUCUCUCUUCCCGGGUCUAGGAUAUGCUGCAGGAUACAAAGUCCUACAAAGGGUCUACAAGUAUGGUGGACAACCAUUUGUUCGCGAUUAUCUUACUACACACCACGGUAGUACUUUCGAAAACACAUUUGGCAAAAAGACUGGAAAGGCGAUGAUGAGUUCAGUAGCAGGAAGUCUUGUUGGAAUUGGAGAGAUUGUCCUCCUUCCCCUCGAUGUUCUCAAGAUCAAGCGUCAGACAAACCCUGAGGCUUUCAGAGGACGAGGUGUUGUCAGAAUCGUUAGAGAUGAAGGGUUUGGAUUGUAUAGAGGCUGGCAAUGGACCGCUGCAAGAAAUGCACCAGGAUCCUUUGCUCUCUUCGGAGGAUCUGCCUUUGCUAAAGGAUACCUUUUCAAUUUGAACGAUUACAACAAGGCCACCUGGUUCCAGAACUUUGUGGCUUCUAUCGCCGGUGCUUCUGCAUCUCUUGUCGUCUCCGCACCUCUCGAUGUUAUCAAGACUCGUAUCCAAAACCGUAACUUCGAGAACCCAGAAAGUGGUUUCAGAAUUGUGUCAAGCAUGAUGAAGAAUGAGGGAAUGACUAGUUUCUUCAAAGGUUUAACACCAAAGCUAUUGAUGACUGGACCAAAAUUGGUGUUCUCUUUCUGGCUUGCACAAACUUUAAUCCCUGCUUUUGAUAUUGCUCUUUCCAAAUAGAAUGUUCGUGCGCCUCGUAAUGUAAUAAUACCAAGACGGAUGGGAUGGAAAACUGGCGUUUAAUGAUAUAAAACGAUAUAUUGUACCCUCCUUGUAGAUAGCUGG